AUGAGGAUAGUGAAGAGGCUAGAGAGGAAGCCUUAUAAGAAGUGGUGGAGGUCACUUGGUUGUUCAUCCUGGAGGAGUCUGAGGGGAGACAUCGUCAGAGUCUUCAACAACAUCAUGAUGGGAAGUGCAGGGGCAGCUACCAAUGUCUUCACUGUUGUGACUAGUGACAAGACUCAAGAAAACAUCACGAAGCUGAGAUUUAACCACUGGAAGGACAAUCUGGUCUUUCAAGAAGACAGUCAAAAUUUUCGGCAAAAAUAACAAAAUUUUCAUAUUGAGAACAAAGCCUACUAUUAGGAGAAUCUAAGUGUCCACAGACAGAACAAAGUCCUUUGGGAAAAGAAUAAAACCCUUCAAAGGAAGCAUAGGGACUCUUCAGAGGAAACAAAGAACCUUGAGAAACAGCAAAAGGCUUGCCAACAAAAUAAAGCCCUCAGAGAAGAGAUUAAGUCUCUCAGAGGAUAUGAAUGAGCAUUUGCAUUGAAGGAAAAAGCUCUUCACAAUGAGAUUUUAGCUUUCUGAGAAAAACACAAAGCCUUCAAGGACCAGCUUAGAGUUCUUCAAGAGGACAACAAAGCCAUUCAGGUGGAGGAAAAAGCUGUUUGUGAAGAAAAAUUCUCUCUCAGUGAGCAGAAAUUUGCUCUGCAAGAAGGGAAUAUGCCCCUUCAUAAGUAAAAGGCCCUAGGAGGUUAGGAGAAAGCUCUCCAAGAACAUCACAGAGACCUCUAUGAAUGGAAGAAGAUACUUCAAGAGAAGGAACAAUGUAAUAUAAGUGAAGAACCAGGUGCUUUGGGAGAUUUUGCAGCAGGACUGAAGAGUUUAGAAAAAACAGUAUUUUUUGUUGUUGUCCAAACAUCAGCAAGUAAUGGACGAAAAGAGGCAUCAAGCAGCCUGUUAGGCUUAGUGCAGAGGUCUUGCAGAAGUGCUGAAGCAUGGAUGUUGGUAUUUCAGAUCCCUGAAGCCUAG